UAUCACGAGUGUCUGAGUGAGUGUAUUUUCUACCAUGAAAUCCGGAGGGACGAGAAUGGAACAAUCAAGUCACGGCCAUAUAGCCGUAUAUUAUGGCCGUGGAUCGAGUCGUAUAUAGUUAUCUCUCUCGCUGUUUUUCUACCUACUUGUUGAUACUACAAAUGCGAUGGAUGGACGUGAACGCCCUCUCCGUUGAACUAUAUGAUACGAGUGAGAGGCUGCUCCAUAAUAUUAUCAUUAAUCAUUAAUCAUUAUUGUCUUUAUUGGUUAGUGGAUGAAAAUGCGUCGCGUCUGGUACACGGACCUUCAGCAUCAACCGGCGUAAAACACUUCAUUAGACAUACGUGUAACAACGGCAUCGAACUCGCCAUCUUAAAGACUGACUGUUCCCGUUUGUACGUUCCAACUGCAGCCGUUACCGCCAUUUGCUAUUUUGCAACUUGAAACACGCACCGUAUCGAGGACACGAGAUCAUUAUAAGGGAAAAUUAGAAAGUGAUUCAUCUGAUCACCGACACGAUGUCUAUUCGUAAACGUUUGGCAUCCUUUAAUGAUAGGUGGAGUUUAGAUUUUUUUACACCGCUUGAUAUGGCCAUAGCUGGUUUUUCUUAUACAGGCAUUGAAGAUAGUGUGAAAUGUGAUCAAUGUAAUAGCAUAAUACUUAACUGGCAACAAAGCGAUAAUCCGUUACAAAAACAUAUUGGUCUCUCUCCAAAUUGUCCAUUUAUUAAUCGAGUUGUUAUUACAUUUGAUGGUCGCUUAAAAACUUUUCAUAACUGGCCUCUCUCUUUUUUAAGACCUGAUGAUAUAGCUGAAGCUGGUUUUUAUUAUUUAGGCCAUGAAGAUCAUGUAAAAUGUAUUGAAUGUUAUAAAAUAUUUGUUAACUGGCAACUCGACGAUAAUCCGUUACAAGAACAUAUUCUUCGCUCUCCAAAUUGUUCAUUUAUUAAUAAAUUUGUUUUAACAGUUAGUGGUCGUGUAAAAACUUUUCAUAACUGGCCUGUUAAUUUUAUAAGACCUGGUGACACGGUUGAAGCUGGCUUAUAUUAUUUAGGCAUUGAAGAUCGUGUAAAAUGUAUUGAAUGCAAAACAGAAAUUUUUGGAUGGACAGAAGGAAGUAAUCCGUUACAAAAGCAUAUUCUUCACUCUCCAAAUUGUUCAUUUAUUAAAAAAAUUGUUUUGACAGUUAGUGGUCGUGUAAAAACUUUUCAUAACUGGCCUGUUAAUUUUUUAAGACCUGAUAACUUGGCCGAAGCUGGUUUUUUUUAUACAGGUAUUGGACAUCAGGUAAAAUGUUUUAAAUGCCUGGUAUAUAUUGAUACAUGGCAACGAGGUGUUGUUCCAACAACUGAACAUAUGCGUUACUCUCCACUAUGUACUUAUGUUCGUGGAAAUAGAGAGAUUUUUGAUGUGUGUGGUUCUUUCAGUGCUGAUGAUAUUUUAAAUAGUAUAGAGACAAAAAAGAUAGUUGAUUUGUUAGAUUCUGGGGGAAUUGUAGUAAAAUUAAAUCAUGUUAUGAAUAAAUAUGGACACAUGUCAUCCAUCUAUGCACGCAUGAGAACAUUUGUUGGAUGUGUGGGAACAUUUAAACAAGAUAUUAAUACUCUGUGCGAAGCUGGAUUUUUUUAUGAUGGCGAUGGUCAGACUGAUUUUGUGACUUGUUUCUGCUGUACUAUACGUUUAAAUAAGUGGGAAGAUGCCGAUGAACCAUGGAUAAAACAUGUCAAAUGGUCAAAAACUUGUGCUUAUGUAAUAUUAAAUAAAGGCAAAUACUUUGUAGACCAAGUGCUUGGUGUGGAUAAUCACGGCAUAGAAUGCAACCAACUUGAGUUAUUCAACUUAAUUGCUAAACGGGAAAGUACUUACAUUCUUGGCACUACAAUGAAAAUACUUACAUCAAAAAAACAAAUUAGUCGGUUACGUUUUCCUAAACCUUUAAUUGGUAAAAACCAGCAGUAUUUUUCUCAAGAGCUAAAUACUAAUUCUGUGCCAGAUUGUAUGGAAUGCAAGAUUUGCUUUAAGGGAGAAAUUAAAGUAAUUUUUGUUCCUUGCAGUCAUGCACUUGCUUGCAUAGAAUGUGCAUUAACAAUCACUCAGUGCCCUAUAUGUAGACAUCCAUUCUCAAAGUUAAUAAGAAUAUAUUUACCUACGGAUAAAAAAAAUUAUGAAGACCAUCAACUACAACCGUGCAGUUCCAAAAUAUCUUUCAGUGAUAAAUUAAAUCCAAUGCUUUGCAAAACUUGUCGUAAUGAAGAUAUGUCAGCGGUAUUUUUACCAUGUAAACAUGUCUAUAAUUGUAUUAAAUGUGCAGAAAAAAUGGAUGAGUGCCCUAUAUGUGCAGAAAAUGUCUUUGCCUUUGUACACUUUUUCUUAUAAGCUUUAAGUAAAUUGUAUUUUUAUUUUUUUUUUUUUUUGGGGGGGGGGAGGAUGGGAGGAGUACUUAUGUAUAUAAUAAAAUAAUAUAAUAUAAUUUUAAAACUGCUUGAAAAAUAUUUUUUUUUUAGUUAAGUGCAUUUAAUGAUUUUGCAUUUUUCAAAUCAUU